AUGUCCCCUCCUGCCUUUUACAAAAAGCUGGAUCGUGGUGUCGGAUGGUACGGUAAUGGCCUCGACGGCGACUGGCCGUCAUCCUACAACGAACAUCAAGUACCCGGACCAUCGAACUACCCGGAUCAACAUUCCAUGGCGCCAGGCCCCGCCCCUUACAGUAGCCGAACGUCGGUGAUGAAUUCGACGGGACGAAACUCGAUGGGAUAUCCGUCGGUGCCCCCGAACACUUCAAUUUCAGCAGCUUCUAGACGGCAACCAUUGCAACGGGAAUUUCCACAAAUUCCAGUCCAAUUUUCCCUUUCUUCCAGACAACACCGCUCAAUGGACGGUCUCGGUGUGCUGGAUGCUUAUAAAGACUCCCUAGACUAUCCGGAUACUCUAAUGCAACCAGUCGGAACAUCCGGAAAGCCCAUUCAUCAACCAUCCUACCUUCCACUGGAGAUUUCAACGAGCCACCCACACCACGGAGCUCAUCAGUUCACACGUGGCAACUCGUUGGCGCUUUCAAAUCCUGUUCCGACACAGAAUGCAUUUUGGCAGAACAAGUAA